UUAUCGUAUUUAAACUGAAUAUUUCAGCAACCAUGUCUUCAGCUCAGCAUCUCAGAGAUUUUAUCAGAGAGAGACUAACUGCUGCUGCUCAAGAAAUCUUCACCGAGGUUGAAAAAACCAUCAUUUGCUACGAGGAAGAGCUCGAUGCUCAGCGCAGGAUGAUGGGGAUCAACUGGAAACCAGAAAUUAAGCUACACAGAGUCGGUUCGGAGCUGCAGAGACAAAGUUCUGACCUCCAGAAGCCACAUGUCUCCAAAGAGGAAACGUUUGCCAUCCAGCAGGUCUGUCAUCAAGGGAGGAAGACCAGUCACAACGAGGAGGAAGUAGGACAUCAGUGGACUGAAAAAGUACAGAUGGAACCAGAACUUCCACUGGAAGAAGGAAAAAAAGAACCAGAACCACCACUGAUCAACAAAGAAAAGGACAAAACAGAUACUUCUGCACUUCCCUGUGAAAAACCAGAACUAGAACAUUUACCAUGUAGACAUAACCAGAUGGACGUCUACGGUAGUCAGGAGAGAGAGCCGCUUGUCCAGAAGCAGAUUGUUGCUUCGAUGGAGACUUCUACUCUUCAGGCAGAUGGUUUGACUGAAGAGGAACCAAGAACCGAGCAGCUUUCCCUUCAUAUCUCUCCUGUAGUCGAGAGCAAAGAUCAAGAAGAAAGCAGCUACACUGUGUCUGAGAGUCAGUCUCAUACUGACACAAAGAAAAGUUCUUUCAAAUGUGAUAUUUGUGGGAGAAGUCUUAAAAAUCAGUGCAACCUGGUUAAGCAUUACAGAACCCACAAAGGUGAGAGGCGUUUUUCUUGUGAAACAUGUGGAAAAUUGUUCUUAAAGAAAGCAACUUUGACUGUUCAUAUGAGAAUACACACAGGUGAGAGACCUUUUUCAUGUGAAACAUGCGGUAAAUGCUUCUCUCAAAUUGGUCAUUUAAAUGUGCACAAAAAACUUCAUACUGGCGAAAGACCCUUUACAUGCAAAACAUGUGGGAAAAGUUUUUCUCUAAAUUGUAAUUUAAAUGUACACAAAAAAUAUCAUACAGGCGAGAGGUGUUUUUCAUGUCAAAUGUGUGGAAAAAGUUUCUCUAUAAUUCAACAUUUAAAUGCACACCAGAGAGCCCAUACAGGUGAGAAGCCCUUUUUAUGCCAAUUAUGUGGGAAAAGUUUCUCUCAUGUUGUUAAUUUAAAUUUCCACAAGAAGAUACACACAGGUGAGAAGUUUUAUUCAUGUCAAAAAUGUGGAAAACGUUUCUCCCUGAUUCAUUAUUUAAAUGUACAUCAGAGAACACACUCGGGUGAGAAACCGUUUUUAUGCAAAUCAUGCGGAAAAUGUUUCUCUCAAAUUAGUCAUUUAAAUCUUCACAUGAAAACUCACACAGGUGAAAAACCUUUUUCUUGUGAAACAUGUGGAAAAUGUUUUGUAAAUGUUUCAAAUUUGAAUGUUCAUAGAAGAACUCACACAGGCGAGAGGCCUUUUCCUUGUCAAACAUGUGGAAAAAGUUUCUCUCACAUUAGUAAUUUAAAUCUCCACAAGAAAACUCAUACAGGUGAGAGGCCUUUUUCAUGUGAAAUAUGUGGAAAAGCUUUCAUUAAUCCUGGAAAACUGAAUCUCCACAAAAAACAAACACACAAAUAUGGGAAGUAGUCAUUUCACUUGGAUUCACUAAUAUUCAAACUUUUCUUUGUUGUUCUUGCAAAAAUACAUUAGAAUUCACAAAUUCUGUUUAGGCAUGCUUUCAAAUGAAGAUGAGAUGUUGGGUUUAUCAGAAAUUUUUAACCAGAUCUUAGGAAACUGCUGUGUGUGAGCAGCAGCAGCAGCUUGAACUUAUUUUGCAGCUAGUUUGGAGUCUUUUAUUCAUUUUUUUAGAGCAUAUAAAAUGUUCUACAGAAAAUGCUUGUAAGGAAGCUUAAAUAGAUUUAAAACUACUUGGCCAUUUGCAAAACGGCUAAUCCAGAAACACAAUUUAUUUUCCUUUCUACUGAUAUGUUGUACCCCCAAUAUUAGAGGUUAGGAAAAACUUUUAAUGUUUGCUUUUGUGGUUGUUCUGAAACUGUUUAUCAGAACAACCAAGAAACGGUUUCUGUUGUUCCGGGACAGUUACUAGUACUACUACUAUAUACUUUGGUGAUCAAACAUCAAAGUAUAUUUGGUGUUUGAAAUGUUAAAAUAGGCAGUUUUAAGUAUUUUGAGAGUCUAAAGUAUUUGUGGAUUUAAGCAAUUCGUGAACUGGUCAGGAUGUCCAGAGAUUUGUGCUAAAUAUUUUUUUUAGUCUAAAGCAGGGUUCAAAAGAAGACUGCAUAAUGUUAUAGCAUCAUUGCACUAUAACAAUGAUGAUGUUGAAGCUUUUCUACCUUCUGUUGAUCUCUGAAAAUUGUACUAAUUUAUUUGAAAUGGGCUUCAUGUUAUUUUUUUGUGUGUGUUUUAAAUGCAUCGAAGUCCCUGGUUUCAGUUUCGAGGUUUGUAACACCAUACUGAUGGUUGUUGACAUGUUUCAUGUUUAUAGUUUGUUCGUUUUACUUCUCAGUGCUUCUCUUCACAAUGCUUCACUUAAUUUCACACAUGAUACAUUCAUUUUGGGAUUUUUAUGGUGAAAAUCAAAAUGUUGGAGUAGUUUAGCACUUCAUUUUGUAAAAAAGAAAUGAAAUAGACAUGAAAUAAAUGUUUAAAAUACA